GAUGAUGAUCAGACAGGAAGCAUGCGGUGUCACUGCGCUAUUAUGGUGUCACGACUCAGGGCACAGCAUGCAGCAACCGAAAUGACACUUAAGGUGGCUCCGGCCGCCGGGCUUCACGUUCUAUCCGCCUUUAUCGUUUCCAUCGGCCUUUACGUGGUGUUUCGGUCCCGUUCCGUGCCGAUCACAUUCCCGGUCCCCGGGAUCCCCGUCCUUUAUAAAGCAGCGAGGCUGGUUGUAGUCCAGAACAGGGAGGCGCGUCCUUAAGAGCAUCCCGGCAGCUGGUUGGUCCAGAUUUGCGUCAGUUUCAGCCCAUGACAAUUUGGUAUUCUGUGGAGGUUUUUUUUUAUUUUUUUCAGGAUAAUGACAAAGAAGCGCCGUGCUCCCGGCCCGGGCAUCCCAACCUGGGCAGCCUGCUCUGUGCACACACUUCCCCGGCUCCCCCCGCCUUCUGUGUCCGAUGGGCUGGCCGGCAUGAGUCCGGGGCGUCCAGGCAUCAUCCUCUGUGUGUAAGCGCCGCACCUACAGCCAUAUGUCUCUUCAACGAGUGAAGCCAGUGAAGGAGAAAUCAGGAGACCAGUCCCCAGCCAUGGAAGGGGCGGUGCAGCUUCUGACCCGGGAGGGCCACAGCAUCUCCCAUAAUUCAAAGCGGCACUACCAUGAUGCCUUUGUAUGCAUGAACAGAAUGCGCCAGAGAGGACUCCUGUGUGACAUUGUGCUCCAUGUGGGGACCAAAGAGAUUAAGGGUCACAAAGUCGUGCUUGCCUCCUGUAGCCCCUACUUCCAUGCCAUGUUUACAACAGCCGAAGAUUCAAAACCUGGAAGAAAGACUGGGAGAAGAUGGACCACUGGAAGCACUGACAGCUCAGCGCUGGAGAGGAUCAUUUGUGCAGAUGAAAUGAGCGAGAGUCGGCAGACUCAUGUGACUUUGCAUGACAUUGACCCUCAAGCACUGGAGCAGCUUGUACAGUACGCUUAUACAGCAGAGAUUGUGGUUGGAGAAGGCAAUGUGCAGACUCUCCUCCCAGCUGCUAGUCUCUUACAGCUAAAUGGAGUGAGGGAUGCCUGCUGCAAGUUCCUGCUCAGCCAGUUGGACCCCUCUAACUGUCUUGGGAUUCGUGGCUUUGCAGACACACACUCCUGCAGUGACCUUCUGAAGUCUGCACACAAGUAUGUUCUACAGCACUUUGUGGAGGUGUCAAAGACUGAAGAGUUCAUGCUACUGCCUCUAAAACAGGUGCUGGACCUCAUUUCAAGUGACAGUCUGAAUGUCCCAUCAGAGGAAGAGGUGUACAGAGCCGUCCUAAACUGGGUCAAACAUGAUGUGGAUGGAAGAAGACAGCACGUUCCUCGGCUAAUGAAGUGUGUGCGGCUUCCAUUGCUGAGCAGGGAUUUCCUGAUGAGCAGUGUGGACACAGAGCUCCUAGUUCGCCAUCACUCAGAAUGUAAAGACUUGUUGAUUGAGGCCCUAAAGUACCACCUAAUGCCAGAACAGCGAGGGGUCCUGGGUAAUAGCCGGACACGGCCUCGGCGCUGCGAAGGGGCCAGCACGGUGCUCUUUGCAGUAGGUGGCGGGAGCCUGUUUGCCAUACAUGGUGACUGUGAAGCCUACGAUACCCGUACAGACCGCUGGCACAUGGUGGCAUCAAUGUCUACAAGAAGGGCCAGAGUGGGAGUUGCAGCUAUUGGGAACAAACUGUAUGCAGUAGGAGGAUAUGAUGGAACAUCUGAUCUUGCUACUGUAGAGUCCUACGACCCUGUAACAAACACUUGGCAGCCAGAAGUCUCCAUGGGAACCCGUCGUAGUUGUCUCGGAGUGGCUGUACUUCAUGGUCUGCUCUAUGCUGCAGGUGGCUAUGAUGGUGCUUCUUGCCUAAACAGUGCUGAGCGGUAUGACCCACUCACGGGAACAUGGACAUCCAUAGCUGCCAUGAGCACUAGACGAAGAUAUGUCAGAGUGGCAACGCUAGAUGGUAAUCUUUAUGCUGUUGGUGGCUACGACAGUUCCUCUCACUUGGCCACAGUAGAAAAAUAUGAACCUCAGAUAAACACUUGGACCCCGAUUGCUAAUAUGUUAAGCCGUCGCAGCAGUGCCGGGGUAGCAGUGCUGGAGGGAAUGUUGUAUGUAGCAGGAGGAAAUGAUGGCACAAGCUGUCUGAACUCAGUGGAGAGAUAUAACCCAAAGGCAAACACAUGGGAGAGUGUGGCACCGAUGAAUAUUAGGAGAAGCACGCAUGAUCUUGUGGCUAUGGAUGGGUGGCUUUAUGCAGUAGGAGGCAAUGAUGGAAGCUCAAGCUUGAACUCCAUAGAAAAGUACAACCCACGUACCAACAAGUGGGUCGCUGCAUCUUGUAUGUUCACCCGAAGGAGCAGCGUAGGGGUGGCAGUGCUAGAACUUCUCAACUUUCCUCCGCCCUCCUCUCCUACUCUUUCGGUCUCUUCCACCAGCCUCUGACAAAGACUUAAGUCUCUAACGUCAAGGAGAAGCCUGCACUGUCUACCGGAGCUGAAGAGGUGGAGCCAAUGGAAGAGAAAUGUGGUCUCUCAGUUCUAGGGGGGCUUUUUCUUAGGACAUUGCCAUUUGUCCUUGCAACCCCUUCACUGCUAGAAAAGGCCUGCAUCUCCUUGCAAAGAUACCUCUUUGCCAUUUAAAGGCAAGGUCAAUUUAGGAGAAGAUGGAUCCGUGGAUUUCCCUAAAGUAAAUGGAAAAGGUUGUUUGUUUUUUGUACUUUGUAGCAUUCUGCAAGUCUUUGCAUCAGGGAAGGUGGUGGUCAUGGUGAUCUUUGCUCUACUGCACUGCGCAGGUAUCUCAAGCAGGAAAGGGGUUAAAUCCUCCUCAACUGUAUGCCAUUCAGACAGAACAAUUCUCUUCAGGAACAGACAUCUCCUGCACUUUAAGGAUGAAAUCCUUUACAAUACACAUUAUUUCAUGAUUGGAUGUGCAAUACAUUACAGAAAUUCUGGAGGUCAUCGGGAUCUGCAAAUAAUGUCUGAUUACCUCCUUACUUGAACUAAUACAAUGUGCCAUAGAAAUUCUCAAAAAUGGGCACCUUCCCAUGUCUUUACCUUUUUCCGCACUGUUUAUUCGGCGGGAUAGCACUUCACAGCACUGAUAAAGGAUUAGUAACUCGUAUAAUGGUGCAGCAUGGUCAAUCCUGGACCUCAUUGCUUGUUAAUAGAAAAAUAUCACUGAAGUGCAAAAAGAAUACAUUGGAGCAUUGCAAUUUAUAAACCAUUCCAUCCUCUGCAGGCACACGAUUUUUCUGGAGUCUCCAGACAGUCACUGUCAUUGCACUUUGUAUUAUAGUAAUACUACUGACCAGGAAGUGGGCAUAGACUAAAGGUUGCAUUGUUUGGUUGUUAGAUGGAAACCUUUCAUUCAUAACUUUAUUGGUGGUACAGGUUAGUUGACAUAUUGCAGGUGUACUGUAACCCACGGCAUUCAAUGCGCUCAGCCAUUGGCCUAGCUUUGCACACCCAGACCCCAGUGCAAGAUACAGGUCAGAGCACCUGAACUUCAAUCCUGUACCCAUUGCUCCAGACUUAUGGCCAACCUCUAUAACUACCUCUUAGUUAACAUGCUCACACAAAUACCUCCUGUAUCGGAAACCCCCCAACCCUAGCAUGCUCAGACCAUUUUCUGCCCCUAUGUAUUUCCACUUCCUGUAACCUUUCACAGUAUGUGUCCUCUAAGACGGGUGUCUCCAAACUGCGGCCCGCAGGCUGGACACAGCCCUGUGAUCACCCUUAUCCGGCCCCUGGCGCACUAUUCCUCCCAUUGACACCAAUGAUGGGGUACUAUUUCUGCCACUGACACCCAUGAUGGGGCACUAUUCC